UUCUGCAACAUUGUUUGAGAAGACAGAAUGAUUCCUCUGUCUCCUUUCUGAUUCUUACAGCACAUCUGGGAAAUGCAGACAUGAUCCAGCCGGGGCUGAUUCCUCUGCAGCCCAACCUGGACUUCAUGGACACUUUUGAACCCUUCCAGGACCUCUUCUCUUCCAGCCGCUCCAUUUUUGGUUCCAUGCUGCCUGCUCCUGUCUCAGCACCUGCACCAGAUCCCAACAGUCCACCUGCUCAGGAGAGCAUCCUGUCAUCCACCGCUCUCCCCACCGUGAGCCUCCCUGAUGGCCUCAUAGCAGCUCCUGCAGCCACCACCCUGGACCCCACGGAUAGGCAGGGCUGUGAACGAGCUCCCCGGCCUGGAGACCCCUUUAUCCAGCCCACAGACUUCGGUCCUCCUGCACCACCGCUGAAUGUCCCUCAGCCUUUCCUCCCUGUGUUCACCAUGCCCUUGCUGUCUCCCAGCCCUGCCCCAGCACCUGCUUCCCCUGCCCUGCCUCUAGCCCCACCACCCCCUGCCCCUGCCUUGAGCCCCUCGGCUCCACCUACCUUCCUACCGCCGAAGUUUGCUGGAGCCAGCAAGUCGCCUCCCGUCAUCACACACACGGCCUCUGCCACCCUCACCCAUGACGCGUCUGCCACCACCUUCAGCCAGAGCCAGGGCCUUGUCAUCACAACCCACCAUCCCACGCCCUCAGUGUCCCCCUGUGGCCUGGCGCUGCCUCCGGUCACCCGGCCGCCAACUGCCGGGCCUCCCCAACCCUGUUUAACUUUUGUGCACCCCAAACCUGUCUCUUUGACUGGGGGGAGGCCCAAGCAGCCCCCCAAAAUAGUGCCUGCUCCCAAACCAGAGUCUGUGUCCGUGGUAUUGAAGAAUGCUUGCAUUGCCCCAGCUGCCUUUUCAGGACAACCACAAGCAGUGAUCAUGACAUCAGGCCCUCUGAAGAGAGAAGGGAUGUUGGCUUCUACCGUGUCGCAGUCCAGUGUGGUCCUCACGCCUGCUGCCAUUGCCCGGGCUCCUGGAGUCACGGAGUUCCACAGUGGCAUCCUGGUGACAGACCUUGGCCGCACCACGAGCAGCCAGCCGGCCCCUGUCUCUCGGCUCUUCUCUCCAGGCGCUGUGCAAGACUCCCUGGUGAAGGGCGAGCAGGUCCCUGCCACGGCUUCCAGUCGAGAUUGCCCAAACUCAGGGCAGGCCUCUCCAUGUGCUUCAGAGCAGAGCCCCAGUCCCCAGUCUCCUCAGAACAACUGCUCAGGGAAAUCUGCAGACCCCAAAAAUGUGGCUGCUUUAAAGAACCGGCAGAUGAAGCAUAUUUCAGCUGAGCAGAAAAGGCGCUUCAACAUCAAGAUGGGCUUUGACACCCUCAACAGUUUGAUCUCUAAUAAUUCCAAGCUGACCAGCCACGCCAUCACGCUGCAGAAGACCGUGGAGUACAUCACCAAGCUGCAGCAGGAGCGGGGCCAGAUGCAGGAGGAAGCCCGGCGGCUGCGGGAGGAGAUCGAGGAGCUCAACGCCACCAUCAUCUCCUGCCAGCAACUGCUUCCUGCCACGGGAGUGCCCGUCACCCGGCACCAAUUCGAUCACAUGAGGGACAUGUUUGAUGAGUAUGUGAAGAGCCGGACCCUACAGAAUUGGAAGUUCUGGAUUUUCAGUAUCAUUAUCAAGCCGCUGUUUGAGUCCUUCAAGGGGAUGGUGUCCACCAGCAGCCUGGAAGAGCUGCACCGGACGGCGCUGUCCUGGCUGGACCAGCACUGCUCCCUGCCCGUCCUCAGGCCAAGUACCGAGGCCCGUCAGGACAAGGAUCUGGUGCUGAUGGUCACUGCCAUGCCCAGCAUGGAACGGGCGCAUGGCAGGUGCACAGAAAAUCUCCAGUAUACACAGAAGUAGAGGGGAUAGUACAAGGAGCCCCCACUUACUCAUCAUCCACGUUAACAACUACCAACUCGGGGCCAGUUUUGUUUCGUAUGUACCUCACCCCCGCCCCCAUUGUUCUGAAGCAAGUCCCAGACACCAUAUGGGUUUCAUUUGUUAAUAGUAAAUGUGCUUCUUAGUACCGUUUA